AACUUGUCAAUUGGUAGAAGCGGAAGUUAAUUCGCUGCGAUCACGAAAUUGACUCACGAGUACCCGUAAAGACGUAAUACCCAUUGCUGCAGCGAACAUGGAAGUGCAAAUGGGUGUUGCGGAUCUGCUUAAGAUGACUGCCAAGCUCAUCGCCCACAAGAUUGUGCAGUACAAUUUGGGCACCAAACUGACGACGAUUCUCAGCACAAAUUCUGGAAAGGUUAAAGGGCUGCAACGAAAGAUAGUGUACGACGAGGAUACCUACUAUGCCUUCGAGGGAAUACCCUAUGCCAAGCCACCAUUGGGAGAGCUACGCUUCCGAGCACCACAACCACCUCAGCCCUGGGAGGGUGUCAGGGACUGCACAUUUUUACGUUCCAAGCCCUUGCAACAGCAUAUUCUGUUGCAUGUGGUCGAGGGCUCCGAAGAUUGCCUCUAUCUUAAUGUGUACGCCAAGAAGUUGAAGUCUGAGAAGCCGUUGCCUGUUAUCGUUUAUAUCUAUGGCGGAGGAUUUCAGAUUGGCGAAGCCACCAGGGAUGUAUAUGGUCCGGAUUACUUUAUGAAGAAGGACAUUGUUCUAGUUACAUUCAACUACAGAGUGGGUGCUCUAGGCUUUCUUAGUCUACGAGAUCGCGAUUUGGAUGUGCCCGGAAAUGCGGGUCUCAAGGAUCAGGUGUUAGCUCUACGCUGGGUACACGAAAACAUCUCCAACUUCAACGGCGAUCCAAACAACAUCACUCUGAUCGGAAUGAGUGCCGGAGCGGCUUCAACGCAGAUUAUGAUGACGACAGAACAGACCCGAGGUCUCUUCCACAAGGCCAUACUUAUGUCGGGAUCGUCGCUGUGUGCCUGGGCCAAUGAGCCCGAUCACCAUUGGUCCCAUCGGUUUGCCUGUCAACUCGGCUACUCAGGCAGCGACAAUGAGAAGGAGGUCUUUCGAUUUUUACAGCGUGCUUCGGCUAAAGAAAUUGCCUGUUGCAAUAACAUAUUGAGUCAGGAGGAGAAGCGCGACUAUAUCCUGUUUCCUUUCGGACCCGUCGUGGAACCAUAUGUCAGCGAUAGUUGUGUUAUUUCCAAACCUCCAUUGGAGACGCUGUCUACGGCCUGGGGCAAUGAAAUACCGGUUAUCAUUGGUGGUACCUCCUUUGAGGGCCUCUUCUCCUAUCAGUAUGUUUUGAGGGAUACAGCACACUUACUGAGCGACUUUGAAUCGUUGAUACCACUAGAGGUGCGUGAUGUUUCCAAUGCAGCGCAAAUCAAGGAGCAUGUAAGACGACUUAAGCUGUACAGUUUCGAAGAUGCCACAAGGGGACGAAUGGAAUUUAAAGAGUGCUUACAGCUGCUCUCUUACAAGCAUUUCUGGCAUGGUAUACAUCGGACUGUUCAAGGCCGUUUGGCCUAUGCCCCAAGGACACCAACCUACCUCUAUCGCUUUGACUUUGAUUCCCCUACCUACAAUCACUAUCGCAUUUUGCUCUGUGGUCGCCAUGAACGAGGUGUUUGUCAUGCCGAUGAUAUGUUCUACAUGUUUUACAAUAUUCCAUCCAAUAAACUGGACAAGUCCUCUCCAGAAUACCGAACUAUCGAGAACAUGAUUGGCAUGUGGACAUCAUUUGCGAAUCAUGAUAAUCCCAACUGUGCCCAGAUUGCGCCCGUUAGAUGGGAGUCCCUUGAAUCAAAGGCUCCUCUUAAGUGCCUAAACAUUGGCAGAAAACUUCAGUUCAUUGAUAUGCCCAAUACCGAACAACUGAAACUCUGGGAUAGUUUUUAUGAAAAAUUAAAAUUGUUUUAACUUGGUCCACAAGGUAAAAGGAAGGCAAUAUUUUGUAAGAAUUUGUAUGAAUAUUAUUUCUCUAGAUAGUUUGUGUGAUAAUUUCGUGAAUAAAGUACAGACGAGUGUAUAAAAUUAAACGUA